AUGCUGAGCCUUGCCCUGAUCCAUCCUUCUGGCAUUUGGUGUGGACUGCAGACAAAUGGAAUGAAGAAAUUUUUCUGUUCACGAUGCCACUACCAGAGCUUGUACAAACACACGGCCGUGAGACACACCCGCAUCCACACCGGAGAAAAGCCUUACGAGUGCCAACACUGCAGUCGGGCCUUUGCUCACGGUUCGAGUCUCAAGAGUUUGAAGAGAAUCCAAGCAGGGGUCUGGAGUGGAAUGGCAUCUGGAAUGAAACUCAUCUUCUGUGGCCUCUGUGGUUACAUGUCCCAUAAGUCAAAUGUCCAAAAACACUAUAGGACCCAUACGGGGGAGAAACCAUUCGUGUGCCCUGUGUGUGGCCGGUCGUUUGCCCAGAAUGGCAAUCUCAAGUCCCACAUGGCCUCUCUGCAUCACAAUGUGAAGCUUGUGCAGCCAGUCAUCUGGCAGGUUGUGACUCGAUGUGGCAUGACACUCAUAUUUCUUUUUUUGGCAUUCGUGGCAAGGAAACACUCACGUGCAAGAAGCCAUAUGAGUGCCCUGUUGAGCAUCGAACCGGUAGGGCGUGGGAUCUGGCGGGGGAAGAGCAGGGCUUUCUCCAGCAUUCUAUACUUCUGCCAGACUUGUGGCUACAAGGGCUUCAAUAAGUACAACAUGGAGAUGCACGGCCGCACUCACACGGGGGAGAAGCCGUUCCAGUGCUCGAUAUGUUCUCGGACUUUCUCUCGUAGACACCAGACCGUCGUGCACGUGAUGCGGGAGCAUCAGCAGCCGUCGGCUUCGGACUUUGUUCGCCACGUUCCCUCUGUCCUUACGAAUGGUGGUUUCAUUUGUCUGUAUGCAAAAACGUCCACCGUGAUUUCACGUUCCGCAGAAAAAGAUGUGAACGCACGCUCCCACCGAAUUCCCAUUUCACAGAAUGCUUUCGUGCAUUUUCAGACCGUGGAGCCUGCUGGUCCUGGGAUCUGGAGGGGACACGCCCGUUUAGGUUCUUUCUCCGGUUUGUGCUAUUUCUGCGGUGUCUGCGACUACCGCAGCACCAAGAAGAGCAACAUGGAGAGUCACGUUCGCCGUCACACGGGAGAGAAGCCUUUCCGCUGCCAGAUCUGUUACCGUACUUUCUCCAAGAGGAGCAAUGCCAACACGCACAUCAUGUCUGUGCACAACGUGAAACCUGACCAGACCUCUGUCUUGUAUAUUCCAUGA